UCAACCCCUCUCUUAUGAUGGUAGUUUAGCCGGAUGUAUACAGUACCUACACUCUUUACAGUCUACAUAUUGUCUUACUUAGACUGACAGCAAUUUUACAAGAAAAAUCCCACAUUAUACUAUAAUAUACAAGAAACAAGCUCGGUAUAAACAUUCUUAUAACACUUUAUUCAUGCGAAAGGGAAACGUGAGACCUUAGUAUUUUUAAGAAAAUCAACGCAUCACUGAAUCCCUGAACAUGCCGGGUAAGGUGCUAGUUCUCCUGAUGUGUCUGCUGCUACACCUGGGGUCAGCUAGUGGCUACAAGCAUGUUGUAUUUGUACACGGACUUCUGGCUGGACCAAGCGAGUUUGACUACUUCAUUCAACUCAUCCAAGAGUAUCAUCCUGGAACACCAGUAACGAAUGUAGAUUUUUUUACCUAUGGUUGUAGCUUUGCAAAUAUCUGGAAACAGGUUGAAGAUAUCGCUGCAGAAUUGAAACCCGUUUUAACAAAUGAAACAGCCGAAGGGACAGUACUUAUAUGUUUCUCCCAAGGCGGAGUAAUAUGUCGCGGACUACUUGCUACAGUGCCCCAUAAUGUCGUGACGUUCAUCAGUCUAAGUGCACCAUUAGCUGGACAAUACGGAGUUAUCAACAGUUUUCCAUGGAUUCCUAAAUUUUUCAAAAAUGUUUUUGGACAUCUUAUAUACAUGUUAUUUUACACCAGCAUUGGGCAAAAAUGUUUCUCUUUAGCAAAUUACUGGAAUGAUCCACAUCACAGAAAUCUAUAUCGAAAGCACUCAUCAUUCUUGGCUGUCAUCAACAAUGAAACCAAACAGAUAGAUCCUAGAAGCCAAGAAUUCAAAGACAAUUUUUUGAGAGUUCAGAACAUCGUACUCGUUGGCGGCCCUGAUGAUGGAGUAAUUUCUCCUUGGCAAUCAAGCCAAUUUGCAACGUACGAUGACGAGGAGACCGUUGUGCCCAUGAACGAACAAGAGUGGUUUACAAAUGAUGCGUUUGGUUUGAGAACACUGAGCCUCAGCAAUAAGAUCUACACACACAUAAUACCAGGAAUCCGUCACCAAGAAUGGCAUACAAAACAGACAGUCUUUGAGACGUGCAUUAAGCCUUGGUUAUGAGACAGAGAAUCAUGGUUAAUUGAAAGAAAUUAAGACCUGUGGUCACCUAUGGACAUCCAAAUAAUUUGUGUUAAAAUUAUGGCAUGAUCCUGGCGCAUGCUAAUUUUAUUAACUAAUAAUAAUUGUGAUAACUGCAGGGAUAACCAUAAGUAGAUAGCUAUCUUGUUGCAGUGUCGAUAGGCUAUGAAUUUAAAAGGUAUAAGAUAAUUUUUAGGGCACUUUUAGAAUGUAAAUUGAAUUUAUGAACUUUUAAAAUUUUAUUACUGUUAUGGAGUGUGUGUGUUUUCCCAAGCUUAUUAGGAAGAAAGGGAGCAGUUAUUGUUAGAUGAUGAAGAAAGGGAGCAGUUAUUGUUAGGUGAUGAAGAAAGGGAGCAGUUAUUGUUAGAUGAUGAAGAAAGGGAGCAGUUACUGUUAGGUGAUGAAGAAAGGGAGCAGUUAUUUAUUGUUGAGAGAGAGAAAGAGAGAGAGAGAGAGCAUUAAUUUAAUAUUCGACUUGUGCAAUGUUAUGUUUUUAGCUGUGAUAAAUACGCCAGCGACUCUAGGAUGUCAGUGUAAAGACGUGUUUUUAUAGUGAGAUUUCUUUAAAAUAUAAGUUUAUUUCAUUUCAUCUCUGGUUGAAUUUGUAAUAAAAGCUUUAUCUGGAUUUAUAUUACAAAGAAGUUUUUUCAAGCUAUUUUAAGUUUUUUAAAGUUAAAAUAGAAUACACCUACAGCUGUUAAGUUUUAUACCAGCAGAUAAAUGCCACAAGUCAAUGACCAUGAACAACAAGUAUUUAGU